AUGGCUGCGCCGGGGCCCAAGCAGAUGCUGUUGCAGGCCAUGGACCUCCUGUUUAAGGAUCGCGAUGAUGACUUCAAGGCUGCUGCGUUCAAGGCCAUUCACAAGAUGGAUGCCGGCACGGCAGAUUGGCUAGUGCUCAAGACGGACAGCCUCAAGCGGGCCAUGAUCAUUGCACUCAUUGGUGACGGUGGGUUGCCUGGGAUAUGCCGACCCGAGGUUGCAGCCGGCAAUGUUUUGGGGGCACGGGAGCAGCAGACUCAGGCUUCCUCCAUCGUCCCACAGCACCAGCAGCAGCAGCAGCAGCAGCAGCAGCAGCAGCAGCAGCAGCAGCAGCAGCAGCAGUACGCCGCCCACCUCAGCGUGAAGGACUCUGGUGGCAAGGAAGUGGCCGGGGAGGCGGCUACGGUAGUCGGCCCUCACCAUUUCGCGACCUUUGCGCACAAGCCCCACAAUGAGUGGGCGAUCGGCCAAGAAAUCAAGGUGUCGGUGCACCAACGGGACGGCGACCGGCGGCGCAUGGUGUCUUCGAGGGUCGCUCUGGUCGACGCCCCUAGCGACGUCGUGAUCCUCGAGGUCGACGAAGAGUUGGCUGCGCCAGUCCUGGACGUCGCCCUGUCGCCCGGCGAUCGCUACUACCUUCACGGGCAGUCCGCCCAGGCGCAGGCCGACAGCAGCUCCAUUAGCCACGGCAUCAUCAGCGCGACGGAGCUGGACAGCCUCUCCCACAUUCGGGGAGACAUGCUCUCUGGCACCGGGGACUUGAGUGGCGGCUGCUUCUCGGUUGAGACCGGGAGGCUGAUUGCUAUUACCGUGGGCCGCGACGAGCUUGCGCACAAGGCUGUGCUGGUGCCUAGCGCAGUCAUCAUGCAUUUGCUGGCAACGCUCAGGUGGCGCAGCCCAUAG